AUGCCACCCAAGGUUUCCAAGAAGGGCGAGAAGAAGGCAGGCAAGGCCAAGGCCGCCGCCGGUGAGGGCAAGCGCCGCAAGAAGCGCAAGGAGUCCUACAGCAUCUACAUCUACAAGGUCCUGAAGCAGGUCCACCCCGACGUCGGCAUCUCCUCCAAGGCCAUGAGCAUCCUCAACUCGUUUGUCAACGACAUCUUCGAGCGCAUCGCCAACGAGGCCUCCCGCCUGGCCAAGUACAACAACAAGUCCACCAUCUCCUCCCGGGAGAUCCAGACGGCCAUCCGCCUGCUCCUCCCCGGUGAGCUUGCCAAGCACGCCGUCUCUGAGGGCACCAAGGCCGUCACCAAGUACACCUCCGCCGGUGGCAAUGUGCUCGGCCCUGUGUGUGCCUGA